AUGGCUAACGAAGCAAUUGAAGAUGUACCCAAGAUGUUAACUAAUGUUGAGAUUGCAAUGCCUAUAUUCAAUCCAUCAAAAGAAAUUGAAGAUUUCCUCGGUUACUGCAGGAAGCUAGAAGUGAAGGAAAAUGCGCACAAGGAAGUGAAGGAAGAAAUUAGCCAGAUGAAGGGUAAAAUUAGCCAAAUGAAGCAUCAAAUGGGUCAAAUCUUGGAGGCAUUGAGGGAUAUGAAGAUUUCAGCAGUUGACGAUGGUACAUCCUACCCUCCAGGCUUUCAUCCUCAUGUAUCAAGUGGACAUACAGUUUACCCACCACAUCAUCAAGUGAGUCAAGGGACAUCAUUUCAAGCUUUUCCACCUUAUGGCUUACCCCCGGGUUACACACCUCCAAUGCUAGAGAACCAAGUACACCCAGGAGAAAAUGCAGUUGGAAUAACAACCUAUACAUAUCCUAAUGUAUCGAUUCCACCACAUGUUUCGACUAUAGGUGUGGGUUCACAAGAAAAGACAUUGGAUCAGGUGAUUUCAUUGACUAAGAAUAACAAGGGAAAGUUAGAGAUAUUGGAGGAGAGACUACGGGCUAUUGAAGGGAAUAAAAGUUAUGAAUUUGGUGAAGUUGUAGGCUUAUCUUUGGUCCUUGAUGUGGUGAUACCUCCUAAAUUUAAAGUGCCUGAGUUUGAGAAAUAUAGAAGGACUACGUGCCCAAGGAGCCAUUUAAAAAUGUACCGUCGAAAGAUGGCUGGCCAUACUCAUAAUGAGAAAUUGUUUAUCCAUUUUUUCCAAGAUAGCCUAGUUGGGGCAGCGCUGAAUUGGUACAUGCACCUUGAGUUGACUUAUAUUCAUUCUUGGGUGGAUCUAGCAGAUGCUUUCAUAAAGCAAUAUAAAUUUAAUAUGGAUACAACACCAGACAACAUACAAUUACAAAAUAUGACAAUGAAGAAAAAUGAAACUUUCAAAGAGUAUGCCCAGGGUUGGAGAGAGAUAGUUGCCCAGGUCGAGCCACCACUAUAUGAUAAGGAGAUGGUUGCAAUGUUUGUAAAUGCGGUACAACCUCCAUUCUAUGAGCAUAUGAUUGGGAAUUGGAAUAUAUCUUCUAAUUUUGUGGACAUCAUUAUUAUUAGUGAAAGGAUAAAGACCAGGAUAAAAAAUGGUAAAAUUACAUAUGGCCCGCCCGCGGCUGCAAAUACCAAAAAACCAUAUUUCAAUCAAAGUAAGAAAAAAGAAGUAGAAGUUCAUGCCACAUCUGCAUGGGAUAACUGCACUCCUUUUAAUUACCAAAUGCAGCAUGUUUCAAACAAUCAGUUGCAACCUCAAAAAGCGGCUGCUAGUGAUAGUCAGAACACUGGUCAAAGUACCAAUACAAGAAGGGAAAGGAAGUUUGUUCAUUUUACUCUCAUUCCUAUGACAUACACAGAGUUGUUACUAAUGCUUCUUCAUAAAUCUUUUUUUGCAAUUUGCUCAAUGAAGCCACAACAACCUCCUUUUUCCAAGAAUUAUGAUCCAAAUGCUACAUGUGACUACCGUGGGGGAGCAAAGGGGCAUUUGACAGAAAUAUGUAUACCUCUCAAAUACAAGGUACAUUCUUUAUUUGAUUCAGGGUUGUUUACAUUCAAAGAAGAUAAACCUAGCAUUGAAGACAACCCUUUGUCGGGGCAUGAGGUAAGGGAUCAUAAGUUGGUAAGAAAAGUGGGUGAAAUUUGGAGUUCUAUGAAAUUCAUCCUGGAAGCACUAUUGGAAAAGGGGUUAGUAAACGGUGAAUAUGAUCCAAGUAAUGCCUGUGCAUUCCAUCCGGGUGCUGAACAUUCUAUUGAUGAUUGUGUGGUUCAAGCUAAAGCUGCAAAAUCUAGUUGA